AUGGCCCUCAUUGAACUGAAAUGGAGUUUCAUUCUGGCCAAGGCUCUAGUCUUCUCACUGCUGGUCCUCCUAUGUUUGCACACAGCCAAAGGCAUGUCAGGGUGGGGUGGAUGUUUGGAUGGUCAGGAUGUAUUUGCAACAGUCAGAGAGAACAGCCUUCCCGGAGAAGUGGUUGCUGAACUCUUGGCUGACACCACAAUGGAGGGAGUUCACUGGAGCCUGGAUGGAAAGGAUGCUGAUUGGUUUGUCUUGGAUGAAAGAAACAUCCGGCUGAACACAUCAGCUGACAAGCUCCUUGACCGAGAGGCCCAGGGUCCUGUCCUAAUGGCUGAGCUGUCAUGUUAUGAGGAGGACACCCUUCAGGGUGUUUACAGGAUCAUGGUCGAAAUUCUCAAUGAGAACGAUAAUUCCCCUGUGUUUUCAGAAGACACUGUCCAGUCUCUUAUUAUCAGUGAGCUGACGCCAGUGAAUACUGUGGUCUUUACUGUCCAGGCCACAGACGCAGAUAACGACAAGAUAAUUUACUCCAUUGACCAGACAUCACCUGAUGCAGAGUACUUCAAGGUUGAUCUCCCCAACAGUGGAGAAGUGAUCCUGUCCAAGCCUCUAGACUAUGAGACCAAAACCCUGCUUACCGUCACUAUCCAAGCCUCGGAAAUGAGCACUGCUGAGCACUUCAAUAUCAGCACCAACAUCACUAUCACUGUCCUGGAUGGAGAUGACCAGUACCCACAGUUCCUGCCCUGCGUGCUGCUUUUCCAGGAUGAGACCAGUCGUGUCUGCACCAGCCCUGUGUACACAGUCAAUGUCACAGAGGGGGAAGAGGACAUUGUGUUGGACUUCUCUCCUGGUCCCAUUCAUGCAGUGGACGGAGACAGAGGACUGAGCUCUCCAGUCAGCUAUGCCAUUCUCUCGGGAGACGAUGAUCAGCGUUUCCUGAUGGACAGAGAGACGGGAGAGGUGAAGCUGACUCGGGGGGUUACAGACAGACUUUCAAAUCCAGCACUGAAUCUACAGGUCAUGGCAUACCAGGACGACGACCCAAGGAAGUAUUCUGUUGCUACAGUGUUGGUACGGGUUCUGGCAGUGAACCAGUUUUAUCGGUUUGACAUGGCUGAAUAUCAAGGCUUUGCAACUGCAGGAAAGAGUGCUGCCUCUCUUGUCAGUACCUAUGGCAGCAAACCACUCAUGUUACAUGUGCAAGAUCAAGACUUUAACAAUGGUUUCAACCCUAUGAUCCACUAUACUUUCAGUCCGACAUCCAAUCACACAGACAUCUACCAAAUCACACAAGAGGGGCUUCUGAUCGUCAGGACCAAUCAACUCAAACCAAAACAUAAACACAUUCUAGAGGUAAUGGCUAUAGACCAGGAGUCAGGUGAUGUCAUCUUUGCUACUGUAGUGGUGGACGUGUUAUCUGAAGGACAGUCAAUCCCUCUUAGUCCACUGGGAGAUGGCGGUCUGACAGGCUGUACUGUGGGCAAAGCGUUGUUCCUGAGCAUGGUGUUCAUGGCUGUACUUGGAUGUAUCCUGUCUAUCCUGAUGUGGCUGAAGAAGAAACACAAGGGAAAGAGGGACCCACUGCAGAGAGGCUGCGUGGCCCAGGGCAAACACCCCAAUGUGAGCUUACGAUGGUUCCAACUGGUGAGUCACGGUAGUACCAUGCCACACAUGGAGGAAGUACCCUACAACAAUGAAGAAUAUGGAAACUGCAAUCCCUGCUUCCCCAACAAACCUAGCAUCUGCGCCCACCAAGACCCCCCCCCUGCCGAGGACCCCUCCUCUAGUUCACCCACCUUUCACCCAGCUACUGUGGCUGCUUCUCCAUCCAAAGAUAACCCUGGUUCACCAACUGAUGUAUUCCUGGACCUUACUGAGGCACUACCCAACACCAGUCCUAGCCCUGCAACCCAUGAUGCCACUAGCACUCCACCGUUCACCUGUCCUGAUUCACAAACAACCACCAACGAUGACCCUACUGACGUUGUCACCAGCCCCUCCUCUCAAUCCAGUAUUCCAUGCAGUCAUACCCGAAUUGCUUCAGCAGAAAUAGACAAACCCUUUCGCAAACCCCGUGUGAAGACACCCCCAUAUUCACCUGUACAGACCUCAACCCUCCCCAAGCAGACAAGCAUUCCCCCACCCACCCCAGAGCAUGCACCUUUAAAAGCCAAGCUGGUAAAUAUAGAUACGUCUCCCCAUGAUACACCCCCAGUAACACCAGAGCGAACACAGAUUACUCCAAGCACAGAGGCAGACCAAUCUUCCACAUCACUGGACCAAACAGACCAAUCAGAACACCCAGACGGGGCUGCAGACGCCGGUAGUGCAUCUCAGGACAGAAGGCCGUCAACGAACUCAGAAAACAUGCAGGGUGGCCACAAGUAUGACGAUGGUUUUCUGGGAGAACAAGAUGCAGACAAGAACAGUGAGGGUGAGUUAGAGUCAGACGAAGAAGAGCUGCUGAGAGUGCUGGCUCGUUGUAAUCCCAUUUUUAUCACAUUUAGUAAGUGAUGUCACUACAAUAUUGCAGGCAAUGAACGUGAUAGGGCGGAUGACAGAGAAUGGAGGCGGUGAGGUGAAGAUGGACAACACAGACAAGUGGACAUGUCAUCGAUCAAGAAAGAAACACGACAGUCUGGUUCUCCUUGUACUGUAGGUACUGCUGAGGACAGAAUACAUUGCACAAGAUAUACAGCACAUGGGCCGCAUAAAAGAAGACACACAUAUGUCACACAUAUUUCACACACUGUAUACUGCAUAUGUAAACAUAAACCUUUGAUAAUACACAAUUAUAAGACAUAAUAUUCCAUUUAUACUAUAGAGUAAGCCUAGAUGACAGGAAUGAGUGACCUUGAAUGCACAAUGCAGUCUUUUAGA